UAUAAGUUAUAAGGGUCAAAUUGGCACAACAAAAGAAUUCAUUAAACAAAACCCUUGUGGAAAUUUGACACUUACCUAAACCAAACUUUGUCUCUGCCGCAGCUCCCGUUUCACUCGCUCUCUCGCAGCCGCAACGCAACCGUACGGACAACUCGUUUUUUAAGCAUCUGGUUCUGGCCAGCCAUUGAAGUAGAGAGCCAGACAUGGGAGACCUCACAGCUACCUCCAAGGGGGACCAGAAGGUUGCCAAGCUACCCAUCCCUGGCAAGCGAAACAUCCUUAUCACAAGUGCCUUGCCUUAUGUCAAUAAUGUCCCUCAUCUCGGCAAUAUCAUCGGCUGUGUAUUGAGUGCUGAUGUCUACGCACGCUACUGCCGUCUCCGGGGAUACAAUACCUUAUACAUAUGUGGAACUGAUGAGUACGGCACGGCAACGGAGACCAAAGCUUUGGAAGAGAAGUGUAGCCCCCAAGAAAUCUGUGACAAAUAUCAUGCAAUUCAUAGGGACGUUUAUGAAUGGUUUAACAUAAGCUUUGAUAAAUUUGGGCGUACAUCGGCACCACAGCAAACAGAAGUAUGCCAAGCUAUUUUUAAGAAACUGUUGGAGAAUGAUUGGCUCACAGAGAACACAAUGCAGCAGCUUUACUGUGACACAUGCGAACGGUUCUUAGCGGACAGGCUUGUGGAGGGGACAUGCCCGACUCAAGGCUGUGGCUAUGCUUCUGCACGAGGAGAUCAAUGUGAGAACUGUGGAAAGCUUUUGAAUCCAACAGAACUAAAAGAUCCUAAGUGCAAGGUUUGUAAGUCAACUCCACGAAUUCGAGAUACAAACCACUUGUUUCUGGAACUACCUCUGCUGAAGGAUAAGUUGGAACAAUAUAUCAAUGAAAUGUCAGUGGCUGGGUCAUGGAGCCAGAAUGCCAUUCAAGCGACCAAUGCAUGGCUCAAAGAGGGGCUCAGGCAGCGGUGUAUUACCAGGGAUUUGAAGUGGGGUGUUCCGGUUCCUCAUGAUAACUUCAGGGACAAGGUUUUCUAUGUGUGGUUUGAUGCUCCAAUUGGAUAUGUCUCCAUUACUAAAUGUUACACUGAUGAUUGGGAAAAAUGGUGGAAGAAUCCUGAAAAUGUGGAGCUGUAUCAGUUUAUGGGCAAGGAUAAUGUGCCAUUCCACACAGUGAUGUUUCCUUCCACUCUUCUUGGAACUGGUGAAAAUUGGACUUUGAUGAAGACUAUCAGUGUAACAGAGUACUUAAAUUAUGAAGCAGGAAAGUUUUCUAAGAGUAAAGGCAUAGGGGUUUUUGGAAAUAAUGCAAAAGAUACAAACAUUCCUGUUGAAGUAUGGAGAUACUACUUGCUAACUAAUAGGCCUGAGGUAUCAGACACAUUAUUUACAUGGGCCGACUUGCAAGCAAAACUGAACAGUGAAUUGCUGAAUAAUUUGGGCAACUUCAUAAAUCGAGUUUUGAGUUUUGUUGCUAAACCUUCAGGUCAAGGAUAUGGUUCCAUUAUUCCAGAUGCUCCGCAAGCAGAAGCAGAUCCUUUGACAGAGAAACUAGCUGAAAAAGUUGGUAAAUAUGUUGAGCAAUAUAUAGAAGCUAUGGAGAAGGUUAAGCUAAAGCAAGGACUCAAAACAGCGAUGGCCAUUUCUAGUGAAGGGAACGCAUAUCUGCAAGAAAGUCAGUUCUGGAAGCUGUACAAAGAGGACCAACCUCGUUGCGCUAUUGUUAUGAGAACCUCAGUCGGACUAGUGCAUCUUCUUGCUUGUUUGUUGGAACCUUUUAUGCCAUCAUUUUCUCUCGAAGUAUUCAAGCAACUUAAUUUGCCUUCUGAGACACACUUAUCACUUUGUGAUGAUGAGGGAGAUAUUGAUAGGGCUAGACGGCCUUGGGAGAUUGUGCCUAUUGGUCACAAGAUUGGGAAACCAGAGCCAUUGUUCAAGGAAUUGAAAGAUGAAGAAGUAGAAUUCUGGAGGCAGAAGUUUGCUGGAAGUCAAGCUGACAGAAAAGAGAGGGAAGAAGCUGAAGCAGCAAAGGUGGCUGCACAACUCAAAAAAACGAAAGUUUCAGAAGGUACUGGAAAGAAAAAGCAACAGCCCACAAAAUCUGCAGCUGACGCAGAGAUUUCUAUUAGUAGGCUUGAUAUCCGCGUUGGUCUCAUUACUAAAGCUCAGAAGCAUCCUGAUGCGGAUUCACUGUACGUAGAGGAUAUUGAUGUUGGUGAAGGACAAACCAGAACAGUGGUCAGUGGACUUGUCAAAUAUAUACCUCUUGAAAAAAUGCAGAACCGGAAAGUAUGUGUUCUUUGCAAUCUGAAGCCAGCAAACAUGCGGGGUAUUAAGUCAGAAGCAAUGGUUCUUGCUGCUUCGAACAGUGAACACACCACAGUUGAACUGGUUGAACCGCCAGAAGGUGCACAAGUUGGCGAGAGAGUUACAUUUCCCGGGUUUGUAGGUGAGCCUGAUGAGAUUUUGAACCCGAAGAAGAAGGUGUGGGAGACCUUGCAGGUGGAUCUGCACACGAACACUGAACUAGUGGCGUGCUACAAAGAUAUUCCGCUCACAACAUCAGCCGGUGUUUGCACCGUGUCCUCUAUUGCCGGUGGGUCAAUUAAGUAGAAACAACUGAUACUCUAGAGAUUGAAAAGGAAAAGAAGUUUUGGACCUGGCUUCCAUUGUUUGUAGAUUUUGACUACUAUUUAUACAUUGUGUGUGGUAAUUUGGAAAACCGUAUCCAAUGAAGUUUAGCUCAUCAAUUGAAACUAGUUUGUUUUUCUCA